GUGUUGAGAAGAUCAGCUUAAAUAAAUGAAAUUUAAAUUACUGCGAUUUAUUCAUUUAUUCGUUAUAUGGUAUUUUAAAAAUAAUUAAAAAUGGCUGCAAAUGUCAUAACACAUUUACCAGAAGAGAUUAUUGAAUAUAUUUUGGAAGAUGAGAGUAUUACGUUUUUAGAUAUUAUCAAAUUUUCUAUGACAUGCAAGCAUUUAUAUCUAACAGUCAAAAAUAAUCAGUUAUGGCGAGUGAAAUACUUUCAAAGAUGGCCCCGCUUGAAAAAGCAAUACGAAAAAAAUACAGCAGAUAUAAAAGUAUUAAACUGGUUAAAUGAAAUAAAAGUUAGCAUGGAAAUUAGACGUAAUUUAAUGUAUCACUUGUCUCUAAUGUCCAGUAAAUAUUACACAAAAGAAGAAGUGUCCAAUUCAGAAUUAAAAUAUUUAGAUCCAUUGUUUCGUACGGAAUUAGGCGCACAUCCAUUAAGUUAUCAUUUUCUUGUUGAUGAACUCAUCAGUCUCAUAAACUGUCAUUAUGCAAAUAGUAACUUAACCCACAAAUAUUAUGCCUUUAUUGUCUUACGAUAUCUAAAACAAAAUUAUAUAAGGAAAAAAUGGCAAAGAUUUAUUAAUCUUCCAAUAAAUGAACAGACCUUAGAACGUUGUGCAACUUUUGUAGCACAAUGGAGUCAACCAGAUAGAUGUAUUUCUUAUUCCUAUAUUUCUUCAUUACUCGACGAAAUAGCUAAUCAAACAAAAAAUUUAAUAUAUGAAAAGCACCCUGAACAUUCUAUAUUUUCGUUACCUCCGGAACAAUUUUUAAUUUGGAAACGUGAAAUAAUUGAUGACAAUUAUUGGAGUAUUCAAGAAACCAAAAAAAUUAUGAAUGCACUUUGCGAAGUUAUGUUUUAUAAAUUAGGUUUUCAUGGUAAUAAUGAAAUGUAUUAUUACCCAAAUAAUUUAUUUAUAGACAAGGUGUUGGAACUAAAAGAAGGGACUCCGAUAAUUCUAGCAAUUAUAUUUGAAAGUGUUGCAAGACGACUUGGAUUAAGAUGCGAACCUGUUAAUUUUCCAUCACAUUUUUUCUUACGAUGGAAAGAAAAAUUUAAUGUUUCAGAUCCAGGAAAUACAGAAAAUUUUUAUAUUGAUAUGUUAAAUAGUGGUCACUUUUUAAGAAAAGAAGAUUGCUCUGGAGUUGGCGGAAUUUCUCACCACAAGUUUAGAUGUCCAAUAGAAAAAUAUAAUUCACAUAAUGUUGCAACUGCUGUAGAGGUUACAGCAAGAUUAGUAUCUAAUCUAAGUGUAGCGGCAAGACAAUAUAAUGAUUUAAAUGGUAGAGCAACACGCAUACGUUCUGCUUUAGAAUUAAGCUACAUGAUACAGCCUCACGAUGAAAAUACUUUUCAAAACUUGAGUCAAUUUUAUAAACGUCAUCAGAUGGAUUUAUCAGAUUUAGUGGAAAUAGACGUGGCAGAAUAUCCAAGUUUAAUGCUAACAAAGUAUCAAACGCUCAAGAACUCUAACUCUAAGCUUGAAGAACAGAUAAAACCAAGAAGAAGAACUUCAAAAAUAAAAUAUGCCAUUGGUUUAAUAAUGAAUAAUAAAUAUAGUCAUAAUGUUGGCGUAAUAAUAGGAUGGGAAAUGCCUAUUGAACCUGGUGGUUGGGAAAAUUUAAUGGAUGGGUUUAGCACUUUAGAUCAACCAUUUUAUAAUUUACUUUUUGAUGACGGAGUAUCUCAAUUCGUGCCUGAAGAACUUUUAUCAUUGUCUAAAAAUCCAAAGUAUAUAUAUAAUCGUGAGAUUGGGCGUUACUUAUGUUAUUUUAAAAAUACCCAUUAUGUGCCAAAUGAAGAGACUUGUAAAAAAUAUCCAGAAGAUAAAAAAGCACUCGAACUUAUAGUAAGGACUUAUUUUAGUUAAAUUGUUUAGAAGUAAAUUAAUACGUUGUAUAUUAUUGGUAAUACUACCGAUAAUAGAAUUAUGUAUCUAAUUGUAAA